AUGCUACAAGGCUACUGUUGGUGGAAACGCCUUGUGGAGGUGAUGACCGGAGGUGGUGGAGGGAUUGGCGGGGAACGGCCGAGGGAGAUGGCCGCCACCACCGCCAACGCCCUAGAAAGACCUCCUUGCCCCGUUUCAUUUCCUAGUGUGGAUAGUGUUUCAGUUAGGGCCCCACCUUCUGUUGAAAUUGCUGAGAAGCCCCUCAAUUCCGAGGAAAUUGCACCUCUCGAACUGCCCAUGGAGAGCUCCAGUUCUUCACUCGAUUUCUUCUCCCAAGCUCGGAAAGCUCUUUGCUUGCGCUCCCCUUUUGAUGUGGAUGACGCCCCUUCCCACCCUCCUUCUACUAGUGCUAGUGCCAGUGUCCCUGCUACCACUUUUCUGCCAAGUGCAUUGGCUCAUUUGUUGAACAAGAAUACGGAUAGUCAUAGGAAGAGGCAUAAGAGGUCUCAUUCAGCUGGGGAACAGAAGAAAGCUCGGCCGGAGAAGUCUCGUGGGACUACCAUUUGGACUGAAACCGAGGAGUAUUUUAGGGAGCUGACUGUGGAGGACGUGGAUAGGCUUUAUCAAGGUUCAUGUUUAGCUUUUGCUGGCAGUGAUAAAUACUUAGCCACACCUGAAUUUGUAACAGCAGGGACUGUCUGCAAACUGGGAAGUACAGAGAAUUUGUGCAAUGUGGAAGUUGUCAAUGAAGAGAACAAUGGGGUUCGUUUGGAUGAUAAAGAUUGCUCUGUUAGGGAAGAAGGCAGUGAAAGAAAUGGUGGCGAGAGAACUGUGAAUGAUGAGAAGGAUUGUCAGUCUAUGGAUGUGGACAUUGUUGGAGAAGGUAAUGAAGAUUUGCAAACAGAAACUGUACAGGCGGAGGAAGGAGCUAAAUUGGAGAAGGGAGUCAAAGGCGGCAUGGCUCUUGAUAGCUAUGAAUGGUUGUUAGGUUCCAGGCGAAAGAUAUACUUGACUUCCGAGCGUCCUUCAAAAAAGAGAAAGUUAUUGGGAGGGGAUGCGGGCCUAGAGAAGCUUCUGAUUACCCAUCCAGUUGAUGGGUCGACUUCCUUAUGCCACUAUUGUAGUACAGGAGAUAUGGGUGACCAAUUGAACCGUUUAAUUGUUUGCAGCUCCUGUAGUGUUGCAGUUCAUCAAAGAUGCUAUGGUGUCCAGAAUGAUGUCGAAGGAACUUGGUUGUGCUCAUGGUGUAGGCAGAGGAAAUAUGGUCAGAGUGGUGAGAGACCGUGCUUGCUCUGUUCCAAGCCAGGUGGUGCCUUGAAACCUGCUCAAAAGAGAGAUAACCAGGGUCCGGUUUCAGUAUUUGCUCACUUGUUCUGUUGUCAGUGGGUGCCUGAGGUUUAUGUGGAAAAUAUCAGGAGUAUGGAGCCAAUAAUGAAUAUUGAUGGGAUUAAUGAGACUAGAUGGAAACUAAUAUGUUGCCUGUGCAAGGUGAAGUCUGGUGUCUGUGUUCGUUGCAGCAAUGGAGCUUGUAGAACUGCUUUUCAUCCUUUGUGUGCUAGGGAAGCGAGGCAUCGAAUGGAGAUUUGGGGAAGACUAGGAUGUGAUGAAGUUGAGCUGCGAGCUUUUUGUGCAAAACAUUCGGAACCCGAGAUUGUCACCGGUGGUCAAUGCACAGGAGAUGCGUCUUUGCCCAUUGAUACCGAGGCUAUGGUCCAGCCUUCACUAAUGGUUGGUGACAAGAUUCAAAAGAAUAUUAACGGAAGAAAUGGCAAUCAAGUUGUGGUCAAUGAUCAAAGAAAUGAUUUGGGUACUGAUGAGAUGGAUGAUCAAAUAUUGCAAGUGGAUGGAUUUCAGGAUAACUUGUCAAAUUCUAAAACCCGGUCAGAUGUUGUGAAUGUUCAGCCACAUGUUAGAAAUGGGACUGUAGAAACAGAUGCAAGUGAAGAUGUGAAGCCACCCGUCUCCUUGAAUUGCAACUUGGUAAUGAAGAAGUUAAUUGAUCAAGGAGAAGCUGGUUUGAAGGAUUUAGCUGAAGAGUUUGGUGUCUCUCUUGAUUCGUUGUCCCCAUUGCUCACCAAGGCGCCCCCUGAAUUUCAUGAUAUUGCUGCACGAAGUCUCCAGAGAACUGCAGCUGAGCCAUCUGAAGCUGUCGCCUUAAACAUUUCUGAGAGUUCUCGAAAUGGGGGCUCAAUUGCUGAACAAAAUGAUGAUGCUCUCGCUGAUGUGGAGGAAGCAAAAGUAUCGUCCCCUCCCAAUCAUCUCCCUGCUCUUGAGAAAGCUGAUUCUUCCUGCCCUCUUCCCUUUGUGCAGCAUAAACUAAUUGCAGUGGACAAUGGAUUUGAGUAUGAGAGUUCAAGGGAGAGGGAAUUUUCUCAACUGGGUGCAUCGUCAAGUUCAGGCAUUUGCUGUAAUGGGCACAGUCAACACAGUCAACAGUCGGCUGCUGCUGACUGGAUACCAAAAUUUAAUGAGGUGAAUUUUGAACAGUUGGUCAAGGCAAGAAAUAUGGGUGUGCUGCAAUUGUCUCCAUCGGAUGAAUUGGAAGGAGAGCUCAAAUAUUACCAGCAUAAGCUAAUGUCAAACGCUGUCAGAAGAAAAUGUUUUAUGGAUGAAUUAAUCUCCAAGGUAGCAAAGAAUUUACAAUGGGAGAUUGAUAGUGCUCGGAAACAAAAGUGGGAUGCAGUUUUGCUUAGCCAAUACCUCUAUGAGCUUAGAGAGGCAAAAAAGCAAGGAAGGAAGGAACGGCGGCAUAAAGAAGCUCAAGCUACACUGGCUGCUGCAACUGCGGCUGCAGCAGCAUCUUCGAGAAUUUCAUCGUUGAGGAAGGACACCAUUGAAGAAUCUGGACAUCUGGAGGAACUUCCAAAGGGUGGUUUACCAAAUGGAAGGCCUGGGGUUCACUCGCAACAAAAUCCUCGGGUUAAGGAGACUAGUUCUAGAACAGCUGCUGCUCGAAUUUCAUCAGAAAAGAAUUCUGAGCUUUUUCCUUCGGGGUCAAAUUUUUCAGUGGAACACCCUAGAACUUGUGAAAUUUGUGGUAGAUGUGAGACAAUUCUGAACCCAAUCUUGGUCUGCUCGAGUUGCAAGGUUGCGGUUCACUUGGAUUGUUAUCGUGGAGUUAAAAGUUCCACUGGCCCUUGGUUUUGUGAAUUAUGUGAUGACAUAUUGUCUUCUGGUGGCUCUGGAGUGCCAUCUACAAUUACCUCGGACAAACCAUUUAUGAUCUCAGAAUGUGGUUUGUGCGGAGGGACUGCUGGUGCUUUUAGAAAGUCAACAAACGGUCAAUGGGUCCAUGCCUUCUGUGCUGAAUGGUUGUUAGAAUCGACAUUCAGACGAGGACAAGUAAAUCCAGUUGAUGGAAUGGAACUGCUGUCCAUGGGAGUUGAUGUGUGUAUUAUCUGCUCUAGGAAGCAAGGUGUCUGUGUUAAGUGUAGCUAUGGUAACUGCCAGAGCACCUUCCAUGCUUCUUGCGCCCGUAGUGCUGGGUUCUAUAUGAACGUAAGAAGCAAUGGCGGAAAGCUACAUCAUAAGGCUUAUUGUGGAAAGCAUAGCCUCGAACAGAAAGCUAAGGCUGAGGUGCAAAAACAUGGCAUUGAGGAGUUCAAGAGCCUCAAGCAAGUGAGGGUGGAGCUAGAGAGGCUGCGGCUUCUUUGUGAACGAAUUAUAAAGCGAGAGAAAUUGAAGCGUGAAUUGGUUCUUUGUUCACAUGACAUUCUGGCUUCAAACCGAGACGCUGCAUUCUUGUCUGCUCUGAGUCGGCAUACUUUGUAUCAUCCUGAUUUAAGUUCUGAAUCGGGUACAACCUCCACCCGAUGUUAUACAGAUGGCAGAUCAGGAAGUGAUACUAUCCAGAGGUCAGAUGAUGUCACAGUGGAUAGUACACUUGCAGGUAAAAGGCGAAUUAAAAUCCCAAUGUCUAUGGACAACGAACAAAAGACCGAUGACAGUUCUGUGUCCCAGCAGUUCAUAACGCAAAAGCCUCAUGAGCGGAUGCUAUUCUCCGGGAAACAAAUUCCGCAUAGGCCUGCGGUUGCAUCGAGGAAUCAUUCAGAUGAUCUUGAAAAAAGAUCAAGAUUCAGAAAGCAUCCCGAAACUUUUGAGAAGGAGAUGGUCAUGACAUCAGAUCAAGCAUCUCUUAAAAAUCAGCGGUUGCCCAAAGGAUUUGUUUAUGUUCCUGUAAGAUGCGUUCCAAAAGAAAAAGAGAAUCUUCGAGAUGAAUGUUCUCAAGAACCACUGGAACACGAGACUCUUCCAGAUGGUUAG